UUCACCGCGAAUUCGCAUUCUAGUCGUUGGCUGACUUGUUCGGACGCGGCCCGCAUGUCGUCAUACGAGGAGAACAUGGAACCGUCUGCGCAGGAUGGCCACGACCAGGGUGGUGAAGACGUCGACAUGAACGCCCUCGAGUCAAAAGAGCAAUACGAGCAGGGUCACGGCGGAGGACAAAGUGAAGAGGGGGGCGCGGAUGAUCUCUUCGGGGAGGAUGAAGAAGAAGCUCCCGCGUCCCCUGCUGGAGGUUCUGAUCGUCUCCCGACACCAGAAAGGGAACGGCGGCAGGCCCUGGAGUACACAGAGGACACAGAGCCGCUGCAAGACGAGGCACCCGUCGCGCUCAAGGAAGCUGAGGUGUCCUUGCCGAAUCUCCCCCUCCCCCGAAGCACAGACGGAUCAACAUGGGUUGUCAGAAUGCCCAAUUUCUUGACCCUCGAUACCAAGCCUUUUCACUCAGAGACGUACGAGGGUCCAGAAAAUGAGAUGGCAGGAUCGGCGGCAGAAAUCCGCGAGCAAAGCCUCUCUAUCAAGCUCAAAGUUGAGAACACCAUACGCUGGCGAUGGGCCAAGAACCAGCUAGGCGAAGACGUCCGCCAAUCCAACAGCCGCAUCAUCCGCUGGUCCGACGGCUCACUCAGCCUCCGCCUCGGCAAGGAGCUCUUCGACAUCCAACAAACCGUGGACAACUCCGCCACCACCACCCGCCAAACCAUGGGCGGCGCCUCCCAACGGCCCUCUCAAGCGCCCUCGCAACAUACCCGCCCCCAGGGCCUCACCUACCUCGUCGCGCAGCACAAGCACUCGCAGGUCCUGCAGGCCGAGGCGCCGAUCACGGGCUUCAUGUCCCUCACGCCCUCGGACAUGCAGAGCGAGAGCCACCGCCUGCUCGUGAGCGCGGUCAGUCAGAAGCGGAACAAGAGCGUGCGCGUGCGCAUGGCGCCGGACCCGACGGUGGACCCGGAGAAGGAGAAGGCGGAGCUGAUUAGGCAGGACGCGAAGAGGACGAAGCGGACGAGGUCGGAGCCCCGGUCGCGGCGGUCGAGGCGGACGGACGAUAUGUGGAGCGACGACGAUGAGGAAGAGGGGUAUGCCUACGAUGAGGAUAACAGCGGGAGGCGCGGUGGGGGCGGGGGCGGACAUAAGAAGGCGGGCCGCACGAAGGACGAUACAGGCGGAGGGGACUAUCAGGAAGACGACUUCGUUGUCGCGGACGAGUCGGAAGAAGAGGAGGAGCCAUCGUCGAAACGCCGUCGCAAUCAUGAUGACGAGGACGAUCUCGACCGGGCAGAACGGGAGCUGGAGAGGCGGAAUCGCGACGAGCGGAAACAGGGACACAAAGCUUCGCCCCAGCCGGAGGAGUCGGAUGAGGGCGAGGGCGACAUGGAUGUGGAGAGCGAGGAAGAGGAGGACCGGAUCAGGCUGCGUCGCGACUCGCGUCGUCGCGUGCAGAUUGAGGAAGAGGAGGAUGAGUAGACAAGGCGCUUUCACCUGUGUACCUUCUUGCUGAAUCUAUCCGGCUCCUUCCUCCUU